UUGUCGUGUUUUACAGGUAGAGGAAUCCUAGAGUGAGCAUUUGUACUGCAAUCCAUCUUCCAGCAUGAGACAGAAAUAUAUUAUCAGUUUAUUUUUUAUGGUAUUUUGUAUAUUUUUACUUUAUUUCUCUUCGCAAUACAGAGAAACAAAUUCAUUGCCAUGGAAGCCAAAAAAGAAAUCUCUGUCAUCCUCGCUACCCACAAUCUUUGUUAUUACCCCAACAUACACCCGACUUGUGCAGAAGGCAGAACUCACGCGCAUGUCUAACACUUUGCGCCAAGUGCCGGCGUUACAUUGGAUUGUAGUGGAGGACUCCAUAAAAAAGACGCUGCUAGUGAAAAACUUCUUAAAGACUUGUGGCAUUCAGUAUACACACCUCAACAUAAUGUCUCCAAAGGGUAUUAGGAGAGCAAGAGGAACAUUGCAGAGAAAUCUGGGUAUGACCUGGUUACGAGAAACCUUCUAUCCUGAUGAAGCACCAGAAGGAGUUGUGUAUUUUGCUGAUGAUGACAACACCUACAGCUUGGAAAUCUUUGAAGAGAUGCGAUACACUAAAAAAGUUUCAGCCUGGCCUGUAGCAUUUGCUGGUGAAUUACGCUACGAGUCAUUAAAGGUAGAUUCCGAAGGGAAGGUUCAAGGAUUUCUUGUAAAUCAUUCUCUUGCUAGACCAUUUGCCAUAGACAUGGCGGGUUUUGCCAUCAACGUGAAACUGAUUCUAGAUAAGCCCAGAGCUGUGUUCCGUCUAGAUGUGAAACCUGGAUAUCAAGAGACAAGUUUGCUUCAGGACCUUGUCAAAGUUAAAGAACUGGAGCCCAAAGCGGCCAACUGCACUAAGGUUCUGGUGUGGCACACAAAAACACAGAUUCCAAAUGUAAAAAAAGACAAGAAUUUUACAAGUUUGACUGUUGAGGUUUGAAGCAAAUGGACAAAGAACUUAUUUGCUAUUCUGUUGAAGAUUUACUGUGGAGACAUAUGUCACUGACCCUAAACUCCAAUAUUUCUGCAUCCGGAUGCUCAUAUCAGAGUGGUGAAGGUUUUUUCUACCAAUCAGAGGCCAGUGAACUAACAACUUUUCUACAAUUGAGAUUAGACAUAUAUGUCAGACAUUGAAGAGUUAACUCAUGUUGAUUCUGUUUAAGACACAUAAGCUAAGACUCCAUACCAAUGGACAUAUGUGAUGAAAAACCCCAAUGAAAGACAACAGAACUAUUAAUUUAUAAAGUAAACUGAUGCAUCACUGAUGUAUUAAGCAUUGAAAGUACAUUGACUCAGUGGGCUAUAUUCACAUUUCCUCCAGUACGAGAGAAUUCUUCACUUACUAUUUUAUUCUCUAAGGCCUGGUCGCUAACGGUUGAGAAAAUUGUUUAUAUUUUAAUAAAUAGGCCUUACAGAAUAUCAUAGGAACUGGAGACAUUUAUCCUUCCAAAGAGAUUCUCUUGUUUGUGACUAUACGAGACAAUACCUGCAAGAUUAAGACAGAUGGAUUAAAUACCAAUGUGAUUGCACAGUUCAAAACUGAUACAUUACUCUUAGAGGGAAAUCUCAACAAUGGAAUUUGAUCAUAUAUAUUUCUACUAGCAAUGAUUUUACAAGGAGCAAAGACAAAACUCAUAUUAUAAAAAAAAUUUCACCGUGAUUUGUUGUUAAUUCAUAUGUCGUUGGCCCUCCCAUGAUGCAACAGCUUCCCAAAUGGGUUGAAGAUUCAGAAAAUAUUGAAAACACUAUGUACCUUUAUAAAAUGUAUAGUUUUACUGUUAUUUUUAUAUUUUUUUAAUCUAUUGAAUAUUCCAUUUAAAUGAUUUGAAUGGUUAAAUUAAUAUUUGUUGCUUUUAAUGUUUAUUUAUUUCUAAGUAAGAAAGAAUCACUAAGUGGUUCCUAAACUUUCUGAUAUUAAUAUGCUUGUCAAUUCCUAUGUUUGAAAGGUUAAAGGGAAAGUAUACACACAUUUUCAUAUAACUGCAUGUUAUAGUCACUAAUAUAUAGAAGAAUAUGCACAGAUACUGAUCUAAAAAUCCAGUAUCAAAUCUUUUAGAAACUUACUUAGAAGCUCCCAGUUUAGCGCUGUUGAUGAGGUUAGGCUGGGACACCCAGUGAUAGGGACUGACAAGGCAGGAAGAGCAGCCCCCACCCCUGCAUAAGAGAAGACACAUUACACAAACAGUAGGAAGCAUAAAUCUGUAGACUUCAGUCUACAUAUGAUUCUUUGGGGCUUGGUUAGGAGUCUGAAAAUCAGCACAAUGUUAUUAAAAAUAAGCAAAACUAUACAUUGUUACAAAAACACUCCCAGAUGGGCUAUAUGUAUGGAUCACCUACAAAACAUUUAUACAAAGAAAACUCUAGUGUACAAUGUCCUUUUAACUAAAAUGUGUAAGACCUUUAUAAAUAAGAGUGAAUAAGCUCUACAGUACUACAUAACCAUUAGUAAGUUAUUUUAAUCCUAUGAGGACUUAGAUAAGUGAUUUUGGAUCAGCUCUUCCUUAUCACAAGUAACCCACACAAUGCAUUCACGUAACACUCAUAUUGCCUGUAACACACAUGGCAAAUACUUAACCCCUUGUUGUCAGUCCCUCCACAAUGUGUAGUUAGUUUUUUUUUUGAUCAUGUUGCACUGACAAAGCAGUCGUUUAACAUGUAUAGUGCCAGUAACCCACAUAGUUCAGUGCAAUGAUUUAACGCCCAUAUUGAAUAUAGUGGGUAAGUAGCGCAGCAAUGGACAGCAAUUUUAAAUAUAUAUGUAUAUGAAUAUGUGUAUAAAAAGAACAGCAUUGUUUAAAUUAAUUUUUCCCAGAAAAAAUGCCAAUUAUGAAAGUAUUUGAAUUGAUUUUGAAAUUAAUAAAUCAGUAUCAGUUGCAUAUUGCCUAAUAAUGCUUAUAGGGUUAUAAGUACUUCUUAAUGCUGAUUGGCUGAUAUAUACUUCCUGUAAAUGCUGAUUGGCUGAUAGGAACUUCCUGUUAAUGAUGAUUGGCUGAAAGGAACUUCCUGAUAAAGAUAGUUGACAGGUACUUCUUGAUAAUGCCCAUGUUUAAAUGCUGCUUUUUCAUAACAAUUAUAGAAAUCUUUUUAAUGUAGUGAUAUGGGAGAGAGUAUAAAAUGUUUACUUUUUUUAAAGGGAUGUAAGGGAAGUAGUUUUUACAUUUGUGUAUGCUAUUAGAAUUUGCUUAUAUUUUGGUUCCUGCCAUUAAGAAACUGUUGUUUGAUUGUAUUUAUCCUAAUUUAAUAUUAGGAAAAAUGUAUUAUUUCUUUACUCAACAAAUAGCUCUACUCUGCCCCAAUUGUGAGGUCAUUCUAUUCUAAGAUAAUGUAACCUGGAGGUUUGGACCUUGGAAUAAGUACAUGAUUGGCCUAGCACAAGGCUGCCAUUAAUUAUAUUUAAACUCCAUCAUCAACCACGCUACAUCCUUGUUCAUCAAUAUGUCUGUUGUCUUCAUGUAGAAAUAAUAAAACCUUUAAGAUUUUUUUA